UUCUUUUAAAUAGAAGUGUACCUUGAUAAGAAGUAAGUUAUAAAGAUAUCUAUUCAAAUAUAUACUUUGUAAAGUGUAGCAGAGAGUAAUAAGCAAUUUUAGUAUACUACAAGAAAUCAUGUCGAAACAAUCAAAGUCAGCAAGGAUUCAUCCCAAAGAAAAAGCAAAUUUUGUAUCUCAUCUUCUAUUUUUAUGGGAAAUACCUAUACUGUUCAAAGGGUAUAAGAAGAAAUACAAUGAAAAUGAUCUUUUUAGUCCUCUUAAAACUGAUCAAUCUAAGAUUCUUGGAGACAAACUUAAAAAUGCGUGGAAAAAUCAAAUCGAAACUUCACAGAAUAGUGAAGGUUUGCUCUGGAAAGCUCUAAGAAAAAUAUUUGGUUUAGAAUUUGCUCUUUAUGGUUUGAUGUUAAUAAUUCUAGAAUUGGCAAGGUAUGCAUAAUCGAUAACAGGAAACAAAAUUAUCCUCAUGUUUUUAAGAAUAUAUCAAACUGUACUUUUUGCAAAGUUAUUGAAAUACUAUGCUCCAAAUAACAAAACUUUUACCAAGAGCCAAGCUUAUUUAAUUUCCUCGUAUCUUCUUUUGAUGGUGCUAGUAAAAACAGUUGGUUUACACCUGUAUUGGUUUGAAACGGAACACUUAGGCUUAAAAAUUCAAGUAGCUCUAAGUUCUGUAAUAUACAGAAAAUGUUUGAAACUGAGCCACGAGUUUCUUUCAGAAAACAGUAUUGGUCAAAUAGUCAAUUUAUUAUCUAAUGAUGUGACCAGAUUUCACUGUGGAUUAAUUAGAUAUGUACAUUAUUUGUGGCUUAUAUUUUUGCAAACUGCAGUUAUUCACUACUACUUGUAUGAUAUGUUAGGAGUUACAGCUCUGUUUGGAAUGCCGGUAUUUCUGAUAUAUGUAUUUACCCAAAUAUAUCUUUUUAAAAAAAUUACUUUUUACCGAUUAACGGCGUCUUUAAAAACGGAUCAAAGGAUUAAGCUUAUGAACGAAAUCAUUCAAGGCAUCAAAGUCAUUAAAAUGUUCACUUGGGAAAAUCUUUUUUGUAAACUAAUAGAAACUUUUCGAAGGUAUGAGUUGAAACCUUUAAAAAGCAGUUUUAUUCUUUAUGCCAUAGACCAAGCAUUUCAUUUAUGCGUACACAAAUUUGGUAUAUUUCUAAGUGUAGUUGCUUACGUAAGCAGCGGUUAUCAUUUAACUUCCAAUUAUAUUUAUGUACUAAGCACAAUGUAUGAAAUGAUUAAAACGUAUAUAAAAUUUUUCUCAUGGGGUGCACUUGGAGGGGGAGAAAUGCUAAAUUCGGUAAAAAGGAUUGAACAUUUUUUAAAAAGUGAAGAAGUCCCUAAAACUCAAAGUAGCGUCUGUAAUGAUAUCAUGAUAGACAAAAUGUAUGUAAAACGAAACAAAUCAAUUCGUGAUUACACUUUAAGCGAUAUCACAAUGAAAAUUUCUUCAAACAAAUUAAUUGCAAUCGUUGGACCUGUUGGUAGUGGCAAGAGUACUCUGCUUUUGACUCUCUUAAAUGAACUACCGUUAUUGCAAGGUUCUAUUCAAAGAGGGGACUCUAUAUCUUAUGCUUCUCAAGAGCCUUGGCUGUUUGCUGGUUCCGUUCAAGACAAUAUCACAUUUGGAGAACCUUUUGUUAAAAUCAAGUAUGAAAAAGUGAUAAAAGUGUGUGCUUUGGAGCAAGACUUCUCGUUACUUCCUUAUGGCGACAUGACUUUUGUUGGUGAAAGAGGCGCGGGACUGAGUGGUGGACAAAAAGCUAGAAUCAAUUUUGCUAGAGCUGUAUACAAAGACGUCGAUUUUUAUUUACUUGAUGAUCCUCUUUCUGCAGUGGAUGCUCAAGUAUCUAAACACUUGUUUCAAGAUUGCAUCAAAAAUUAUUUAAAAGGUAAAUGCACAGUUUUGGUAACUCAUCAACUGGAGAAUUUGGACAAAGUAGACCAGAUAUACAUAAUCGACAACGGAAAAAUCAUUAGAAGUGGUACUUUCGAUGAACUGAAAAACUGUAAUUAUUUAGAAAAUUUUAAAACGUCAUCAGACAAUGGAAUCAAAAGAAAGAAGCAAACUUUUGAAGCAAUGAAACGCAAGUCACAAAGUUUUAUUCAAGAAUUGCAAGAAAGUCAUGAAACUGAAUCUGUAUCAAGGCAAAUUUAUUCUCAAUUUUUACGUUCAGGUGGCUUUACCUGUGCAAUAAUUUUAACUUUUUUCCUCAUUUUGGUGACAUUUGCAAUGAGUGGUGUUGAUUACUUUUUAGCAUAUUGGGUAAACUAUGAAGAAACGCAGUCAAGCACUGUUCCUGGUUAUUUUUUAUACUUGUAUAUCGCUGCUGUAUUAUUACUAAUUAUAUUUGCUCUUACAACGACAAUAAUUUUUGUUACAUUUUGUUUAAACGCAGCUAAAAAUUUGCAUAAUACAAUGUUCAAAAGAGUGUUGUUUGCCACAAUGAGUUUUUUCAACAACAACCCAUCUGGUCGUAUUUUGAACAGAUUUGCAUACGAUACGGGGUUAAUUGAUAAACACCUUACAGCAAGUCUUGUCGAUACGACUAUAGUUGUCACACAUGCUAUUGCAAUUGUCACAAUUAUAUGUUUCGUAAAUUACUGGAUUUUAAUACCAACGUUUGCUAUGACGAUACUGUUUUAUUAUUGUGGAAAUGUUUAUUUGUACACAAGUCGCAAUUUAAAGCGCAUUGAAGCCAAAUCUUGUGGCCCAAUUUUUUCUCAUUUAAAUUCUACUUUGCAAGGACUACCAACUAUCAGAGCUUUUAAAGCUGAAAAUCUACAGAAAAAAAGAUUUGCUACUUAUCAAGAUACUUACACAUCAUGUAGUUACAUGUUUUUAGCUUGUUCUUCAGCUUUUGGGUUUUGGAUGGACUUUGGCUGUGUGAUUUAUUUGGGAUUUGUUAUUUUUAGUCCUUUACUUCUUGGACUAAAUAUUUUUGGUGGUUCUAUUGGAUUAGCAAUCAGUCAGUGUUUGAUUUUGGUUGGAAUGUUACAAUACGGAAUCAAACAAAAUGUUGAAUUAGAAAACAGUAUGGUGUCAGUGGAACGCGUGGUAGAAUAUUCCAAAAUCGAUACAGAAAAAAAAUAUGAAAAAUUACUUUCUGACUUUAAAGUUAUAAGAGGAUGUGUGGAAUUUCAAAACGUUUCACUACGGUAUAAUCACAACCAUCCUAUGGUACUGAAGGAAGUUACAUUUAAAAUAAACCCAGGAGAAAAAAUUGGCAUUAUUGGAAGAACGGGAGCUGGAAAAUCGUCUCUAAUUUCAAUUUUUUUUCGUUUAUUUCAUUUUGAAGGGAACAUGUUUAUUGAUGGUGUAAACAUUAACGAAAUGUCGUUACAAAAUCUGCGAUCACAGAUUUCGAUAAUAACGCAAGAACCAGUACUUUUUUCCUACACUUUAAGAAAAAAUCUUGAUCCGUUUGAGGAAUUUGAAGAUUCGCAAUUGUGGAAAGCUUUAGACGAAGUUGAGCUAAGAAGAGUAAUUUCUGAACUGCCUGCGGGUUUACAGAGCAAACUCACAGAAGGCGGACUUAAUUUUAGUGUUGGACAAAGGCAACUUUUAUGUCUUGCAAGAGCGAUGUUAAAAAUGAAUAAAAUAUUGAUACUGGAUGAAGUCUCAGCUAAUGUGGAUUUAAAAACUGAUGAGUUGAUUCAACAUACUUUAAGGGAAAAGUUUAAGGACUGCACUGUGCUGACUAUUGCACACAGGUUGGACACUGUUGUUGACUGCGACAGGAUUUUGGUGAUGGACGACGGCCGGGUCAAAGAAUUUGAUACUCCAUCAAAACUUCUUGAAAAUGAAAAUGGAAUAUUCUAUAAACUUUUGCAUAGUGGAAAACAAAUUUUUGCGAAUUUAUAAAACCAAAUAAAUAUUUUUUUG